UGCGGUUAUUCUCCGAGAGUUUUUCAUGGCUUUGGAUAUCGUUUUAGCAAGUAGUAACGCCAAUGUAGUAUUCUCCAUUUUUGCCCCUUCCUUAUGUAGCUUCCCGUUCACGCGCGUUUUAACUUUCGUUUCUAACGUCAAAUUCUGUUUGCUCUGAAACAAAUCGUACCGUGUCCUCCGCAAAAUAAAUAAAGAAACGAAUAUUCGUGAAAGAAAAGUGUGGACAUCGCGUCAUCCGUGUGGUGGCGUCGGUACAAUACAUAACGGCGAGCCCAACUUCUUUAUUGUCAUUUCUUACCUCGUUUCCUAUUUUCAAGCGUGUAUCAUUUAUUGACAAGAUCAACCAGAAUGGAUGUUGAAGAGGGGGAGGCAAAAAUGUGCAGGCUUUGCGGCCAGUAUGAGAGAAUUUACAUCGAUGUGUUUGGUGAGGAGGGCGUCAAACGAUACCUGGGCCAUAAAAUCUACAGGAAAAUCAACAUCCUGAUAGAUGAGAGGGAUCCUCUGCCCAAGGCGAUCUGUGUUCAAUGUCUGGGCAAGCUCGAAUUCGUUUGUGACUUCCAAGAGGAGUGUCUACGCACCCAACAAGUGUUACGCGAUCGAUACAAUCUACCGCCCUUAACAGAGUCUGCGGAAGUAAAGAACGAAGAACCAACUUCCCCGGCGGGUGCGUCGUCGACGGAUAAUAACAACAGUAUUGAAACAAAUCUUAAUUCCACUAAAGAUAGUCGAGCAGAGAAGAGUCAGAGCCAGAGUGAUAUUAGCGUCGUUGUCAUCGUCAAGGACUCAAUUGAACAAAAGAAGAGAAACACCGCUUCAAAGACUUUGAGAAGCCUUCGCAGUCAGCAGCAGCAACAACAACAACAACAACAACAAAUUUCCAAAUACAGCGAUGAAACUAAUAUAGAGAAAAAUGUACACAAUCAAAAUAUAACAGAAACAUCGCCAAUUCGUUGGCUUCGAAGUAGACAAAGCGCGGACUCAUCAUCGUUGUUCGCGGUGGACAACGAGGAGAUUCCGAUCGCGAAUAGGCUGAGAAGUCACAAUAAUGUAGAAAAUAAUAUCAACGCUCGUUCGGCCAACGGUAAUAGCAACAACGAGAAUACGGAUAAACAGAGUCCUAAGCAGCAGCAACAUUUGCAACAACAGCAAGACUCAUCAGCGACGAUUCAGUUGCCGACCUCGACAUUGAAUAAAUUAUUGACCAUCGUUUCUAAUUCACCCGACAUCGAGGUCUCUGUAAAAGAGAUGAGAAAUCGAAAUAACGAUGCCGAGGAUAUCAGUUUUACCGUAGAGUUGUGUCAGAAGCAAAAUGACGAUGUCGCGACAGUGCGAGCACGAAUCUUUCCCGAUCAAAGCUAUUGUCUCGUCGACACGGCGAUCGUGAAUCUACUACAGAACGACAACAGCGUGGAGAUAAAUGGCAUUAUCAAUGGCAUCCUCAGUGGCACGUCCACAAAAAACGGCAGUGCAGCGGCGAAGCUGAAAGAUCUGGCGGAGUUGGAGCAACAAUUGGAGGCGACGCAGAAUCCGGAGGAACUCUUCAAGAUAGACGGCGAGGAGAUUAAAGUGGACGACAACGUGGAGCAUGUGGUGAACGGUACGCAGAACGGUUAUGCGUGCAAACUCUGCCGUAAGUUUUACGAGCGUCGAGACAAAUGCACGGUGCACGUAAAAACGCAUCUCGGUAUCAAGCAGUAUACGUGCGUCGUCUGCAACGCCAAAUUUGUUUGCAAAUCCGACGUGAUGAAGCAUAUCCGAUGCUCGCACACAAAUCCCAGACCUAUACAAUGUCCCAAGUGCCCAAAACGAUUUAAAUCUAAAUUUUAUCUAGCCGAACACGACAAUGUUCACAAAGGCGUGCGACCGUAUAGUUGUACGGAUUGCGGACAGAGCUAUCAUCACAAGGUUUCGUUGCAGAUCCACAUGAAGUCGCAUCUACCCCCGCAGAAUCUCGCAUGCGAAUACUGCGGUAAAGUCUUUCCGUUUCGCACGCGAUUACUUGGCCAUAUUGCUAGCGUUCAUAUGAAAAAACGACGAAAUUUUCGCUGCCGCUUUUGUUAUAAUCUCUAUUCCAGCUUGUCGGUGUUGAAUGAACACAUCAAAACCCGUCACGCAACCACCUACACGUGCGAGACAUGUAGCAAGACCUUUAAAGUUGCUUCCAAGUAUAAGGCGCACGUGCUGCAACACUCCAAUCCCAAACCGUUUGCAUGCCAUAUCUGCAACAAUCGUUACGCGUCCAAGGCAUUUCUCAACGAGCACCUGCUCAAACACGAAGGUUUGCGCAAGCACGUGUGUCAGGAAUGCGGCGCAAGUUUCGCGCAAGCGAGUCAUCUAGCCGCUCAUCGUCACGUACACGGCGAGAAGACUCACGCCUGUCCGGAAUGUGGCAAAAAGUUUAACCGUCGCGACAAUAUGAAAGUGCAUCGGAAACGGCAUUUUGAGGAGAAAAAGACUGCUGCGGCCGGCAAGCAAAAGGGCACCUCCAACGAUAACGAUUCCGUCGCGUCCACGAUCGCAUUGAUUAAUGAAAAAUAACAUUCAAGAAUUAGCAUUCGAAACAAGACGAACGAUUCUCCGAUCCUCGUCGGUUUUGAGAGGAAGUGAAAUGGAAAGAUAGAGAGAGAUUUUCUAAUAGACUGACUGAAUCACAGAAAUCACGGAAGAUCGAAGGAGAAAAAAUUUCGAGAUUCAAUACUCGGAAAGAGUAUUAUCCAUGAUGGAACAUUGCUCAAGGGAAGGCGAUUAUUGCGUAUUGUGUAUAUUUGGUGCUCCGAUUAAUUUUCGACGUCAUUCCUGACGCUGACGCUCCUGCGCGCAUAGCAAUAAAAUAGUGAAAAACGUUUCGUCUCUUGUCUAGGAAAAGUUGAUUGUUUUUAAUUUUAAUUCUUUAUUUUCUAGAAAUUACACAUACAACUUUCUUUCAUUAAUUAACAUUUAUGAAUAAUCUUUUCUUAUAUAAAUCUUUGCACUUUUGUAGUUUUUUUUCCAUUUUUGAAUAAUCGGGUCAAGUUUCGUGAACAUUAUGAUACCUUUUCUAUCUUUCUUCUAUUGGGGUAUCUUUAGUAAAUAUCGAUCUUGUUUCAAAAUGUGAUGCAUAGUUUGUAAAAGCAUACUUGAUUUUUUAAAAUACCUUUUUUUCGAGUACAGCGAGUACUCGAGCAAAGCUUACUCUAUUUUGUAAUAUAGACAAUACGUUUACCGUCAUACGGCCAAAAAUAUUACUCGAAUAAUUGCAUAGUUUUUAUUAAAAAUUUAAUGACUUGUUGUAUGCGUAUGUGUGUACGUGUAUGUA